UAAAUUUUACGUUGCUUCCCCGCUGAGUGACUAAAGCUCCAUUCAUCUUUUUAUUUGUUGAGGUGUUCGAAGUGCUUGGUGCAGGCAUGUCAGACUCUACUUCGCCACCUCCCACGGCAGAGGCUGUGGACAAUGAAGGAUGUUUUCCACCUGGUUACAAGCCUUUUAAACCUGAGGAGCACGGCCUGGAGCGCGGCUUCCGCCUUACUGCUUAUUCGGAUCUGAAAGGAUGAGGCUGCAAGGUCCCGCAGGAGGCUCUGCUCAAACUCCUGGCGGGACUGGAGCCGGACCGUGCCGAUAACACGGAAAAGGCCGGAGACCAAGCGGGGGAUUUUGUUCAACAGUUGCCCGGUCCUCGUCUCGGAAUAGGGUUGGAUUGUUGUGUGAUCCCUCUGAGGCAUGGAGGACUUUCUCUGGUACAGACUACAGACUUCUUCUACCCUCUGGUGGAGGAUCCAUACAUGAUGGGUAGGAUAGCUUGUGCUAAUGUCCUCAGUGAUCUUUAUGCUGUGGGAAUUACAGAGUGUGACAACAUGCUGAUGCUUCUGAGUGUCAGCCAGAAGAUGAAUGAGAAGGAGCGUGAGCGUGUAAUGCCAUUGAUGAUGCGAGGAUUUAGGGAUGCAGCAGAGGAAGGAGGGACUUCGGUGACUGGUGGCCAAACUGUGGUCAAUCCCUGGCUCAUCAUCGGAGGAGUAGCUUCGGUCGUCUGCCAGCCUAAUGAGAUUAUAAUGCCAGAUGGCGCUGUUGCAGGCGAUGUCCUGGUUCUGACUAAACCUCUGGGAACACAAGUGGCUGUUAAUGCUCAUCAGUGGCUCGAUCAGCCAGAAAGAUGGAACAAGAUCAAGCUUGUUGUUACCAAAGAUGAAGUUAAAGAGGCCUAUCAGGAAGCCAUGUUCUCCAUGGCAACGUUAAAUCGCACAGCGGCAGGUCUAAUGCACAAGUUCCAGGCCCAUGCGGCAACAGAUGUAACUGGUUUUGGUUUGCUUGGCCACGCCAACAAUCUGGCAGCACAACAACAAAAUGAGGUGUCCUUUGUCAUCCACAACCUGCCAGUCAUAGCCAAAAUGGCAGCCAUCAGUAAAGCUUGCGGAACCCUUUUCAACCUGAUUCAGGGUACAUCAGCUGAGACGUCAGGUGGGUUACUGGUGUGUUUUCCCAGGGAGCAGGCAGCCAAAUUCUGCUCCGAAAUGAAGAGCCAGACCUCCGGGGCUGGUGGCCAGGGUUCAGUGGGCGGAGCAUGGAUUAUUGGCAUUGUGGAGAAAGGUGACCGCCGAGCUCGCAUCAUCGACAAGCCGCGUAUUAUCGAAGUCCCACCCAGAGGAAGCCAAGGAGCAAAUCAGGACAUCAGCAACACUAGCCCAGCCCCCGUCUCCAACCUGUCUUAGAUUGCCUCACCCAGCUAAUGCACUCCCGUGCCUUUUUGUUUUCAGUCUUGUUGCAAUUUUCAGCCUAAAGGUUCAGCACAAAAUCACCGCCAUCUCCUCCUCCCAGUGACAUAAGGACGAAACAGCAUGUCUGUACACAUCUGUUUAAAUUUGACCAUUUUACAGUUAAAUUCAGUGUGAUUACAUUAUAUUGCUUCAUGCUUUUUUAAAAACUUGCUUAUUUAUAAAAAUUCCUGACCAUUGAAAAAAGGUGGGGGGUUUCUGGAAAACAAAACUUUCCAGACAUUCCAAACCAUUCUUUCCAAUUUCAGUAAUGAAAAUGGAUUAUAAAUGUGAUCAUCUCUUCAGUGAAUGUGGUGGGGGGUGGGGGGGUGUGGGGGUGGUGCAUGGGUUUUUGGGAAGGGUAUCUAUUUUUGUUUAUUUGGCUUUGUUUUGGGAUUGAAUUAUAUUUAUAUCUUGUGUGGGGGGGAAAAAAAUAACUGGUUCAUUGGGACCUGGCUCCACCCACCCAGGCCAGAGGAAGGGUUGAGCAGCUUUCUCUGAGCCAGUGGGCGGAGUCAGGAGGAAUGCCUUCCAGCACUAAGUCCCUCCACUCCUCUGCUUUAUGAAGCUUUGCCUGUUAAACCCCAUUCAGCGGGGGCGGGCAGAGCGGAUGUUUGCCUUUGGAUUGGGGUCGGGCUCAUUUGCUGCAGGUCUCAAGCUGUUUGUAAAGUUUUCACUCUAAAUAAAAUCACUGAAAAAUAAAAUG